GGCUGAAAUUUCCGCCGCGACCGUUCUGCAAGACAACAAACAACCUACCAUUCCUGAUAGCGUGAACAUUUUCCCACUCCUCGUUUUUACAGCCGCUCGAUAUCAAGAUAUACGUACAUUGACACUCUACGCUUCCCACUGCGCGUGCUGAAGCUGGCCUCGGCAUGCCAUCACAGCCGGAGUGUUCCCCAAGACUCGACCAAGAUUCAAAGGAUGCCGACUGCGAAGCGACAGAAGAAGAGUGGCAAUGCGCCGGCUGCAUCUCAGACGAAAGCUCAGCCAAAACGCACCGGCGAACGGCCGACUGUUGCAGACAUUGAAGGCGAGAGCGAGUUCACCCAGCUUGCGCGGAAGCAUUGGUUGAAGCCCACGAAGAAGGUUAAAGUGAAGAAUGACGUUAUUAAGAAGGAAAUCUGGGAGGUUCUGGAGCGGGACAGCUUUCCGUACAAGACAUUACUUGUCUUGGAGGGUCUACAAACUCUCGAGAGCUACCUCUGGCCUGGAUAUACCGACGAGUCCUCGAACCACCAUGUCUUAUUAAUCGUUCUACUCACGAACGUGAAGAGGAGGGAGCAGCUUACCUCUUGGAGCAUCUUUGAAGAUAGGAGCGACGCCUUCUCCGACCUUUUUCGCCGCAUUCUUUCCAUGACCCUCGACCAAACCCUGUCGCUCAACAUCAGAACCCAACUCCUCUCCUUCCUCAUCUCGGCUUUUCAGAGUCUAGACCAUGCCAUUGUGAGAAAAGAAUGUGCGCCUCUUCUGUCCAUUUCGAUAUGGCACAAUCUGUCCACAGACGCCCUGCGAGAGACCAAGCUCGAACACAACGCCCAUGUGCGCAAAGCAUGGAGAGCAUCCCUAAAGAGAUAUGAGGCUGCCGACGAGGCAACAAAGGCCAGGUUGCGCUUUGAGCGCUCAUGGCUUUAUACGUUGGUCCUCGACUUCUUAAGCCUCCUGUACGAGGAGGACACGGGGCCUGAACACGUCGUCUAUUGCGAGAGGUUUAUUGAAUUCUUGACAGACCUUCUGAGCCAGCUUCCCACUCGCCGAUAUGUCAACACUCUUCUUACCGACCUCAACGUUCUCCCGGCCAUGCAGCUCUCCCCCAUGCUCAACGAUGAAAACAACGGUCUUGUGCGGGACCUGCACUCACUUUUCGCCCACUAUGUAUAUUUUACCAUUGAUGACCAAACAGGAGUCCAGUUCACUCAGUCAGAAGCCUUCGAUAAACAUUGCGCGGUUCUCGGGAGGUUGCAGAAGAUGGCUAUAAAACACUUCCCUGAACAGCUCAAGGUGCUCGCACUGUCAAAUUUCGGCGCAAUCGACAAGAGGGAAGAACUCAAAACGCUCCUAGAGCCUCUUACCGACGAAGAACUCAUGAAGCUGGCGAACCUGCUGCACUUGCGCACCUCUUAUCCAGACACCCUACCGAUCCGGAUUGACAGGAAUUUCCUGGUCGAAGUGUUUCUUUGGACAUUCGAACGGAGGAAAACCUUCCAGGAAGUGGCCCGGGAAAUGAACCUAGCGCCCACGGAGGAUUCGCUUUUUGCGAGUAUCCUGACUAGGGCCGAGGCAUACGAUGGUUCUCAUCCCUUGGCUCUGCCAAAGCUCAAUCUCCAGUAUCUUUCAGUCGGUGAUUUUCUGUGGAGGUCGCUCAUCUUGUACCGUUCCGAAGCCUUUUACGGGAUUCGCAAGGACAUCGAGACUGUCAUCAAACGCCUACGUCCGGAGAGCAAGAAGCCGGGGGAAACGGAAUUUCCUGGAUUUUCCAAGAUGGCCCUGCCCUCCUCCAAAGUUUCAAUCAUGGAAGUGGUGCCUCCCUUGGUCGGAGAUGACAACCCGUCUGUCGUGCGGGCAGAGGUGUCCGUGGAUGUGCGCCGGCUGAAAGAUAAUAUCCGUCGUGAGUGGGACUCGCUUCGGCCCGAUGAUGUUGUCUUCCUAUUAGCUAUCGAACCGCCGAUAUCGAGGACCAUCGGCAAUGGCGCUGCCACUUCCUCGGAAGCUGAUCGUCUUGGAAUCGUGGCCGUUCGUACUGCUGAAAUUAUCCGCAUCACGGACGACAAAGGCCGGCCCGUGAGGGAUACUACAGGCCGGUACGGCGGGAACCGAAUCUUCCAACUUAAACUCGACUCGCAGACCUACGCCGGCGAUGCUGAGCGUAUCUCAGCAGGAAAGUCUGACGUGUACGGACGCAUCAACCUGAUCAUGAGGCGCAGUGGAAGGGAAAACAACUUCAAGCCUGUUCUGCAGUCCAUUCGCAGCCUGGUGCUUUCCGACGUUCCUCUCGCCUCCUGGCUUCAUGAAGUCUUUCUUGGCUACGGCGACCCUGCUGGGGCAUCAUACAAGCAGCUACCGAACAAGGUCAGGGCGAUCGACUACCGUGACACCUUCAUAGACUGGCAGCACUUGAUAGAAAGCCUACCUGGGAAAAUCAUCGAGCCCAGCGACGACGCGUCUGGUAGUUUCGGGCCGCCUUAUGUCUUGGAAUCGACGGAGAAACCAGCGGCCACACAAGGUAAGCCAUCAUCAAAAAAGCGCCGCAGGGACGCCGAACCUGCUCUGUUGGCCGACGUCGAAACAUUGAAGGUGUCCACCUACAAGCCUCCCAACACGGGACCUUAUCCCACCGACGCCCCCAAGCGUAACACCGUCCGGUUUACUCCGGCUCAGAUUGAUGCGAUUAUUUCUGGCUCCCAGCCAGGUCUUACCAUCGUGGUUGGUCCGCCGGGAACGGGAAAGACAGACGUUGCGACCCAAAUCAUCAGCAAUAUUUACCACAAUUUCCCCCAGCAGAAGACGCUCCUCAUCGCGCACAGCAAUCAGGCGCUUAACCAACUCUUCGCCAAAAUCGUGGCCUUGGACAUUGACGAAAGGCAUUUGCUGCGACUGGGUCAUGGGGAGGAGGACUUGUACACUGAAGGAAGCUUCAGUAAACACGGCCGCGUCGAGUCGUUCCUAGACAACCGCAACCGAUACCUCCAGGAGGUCCAACGCCUUGCCGCCAGUAUGGGAGCACCAGGUGCUCAUGGGAACUCGGCCGAGACUGCUGGUUAUUUCAAUGCAGUGUACGUUGAAACCGCAUGGACAAAGUUCACAAAUGCUACUCAGGACGCAGAUGUCUCCCCAGCGGCCAUCAUCGAGGCGUUCCCCUUCCACGAGUACUUCUCAACUGCCCCGCAGCCACUCUUUCCGGCCGACGCAGAUCGCGAGACUGUCAUGGAGAUUGCGCAAGGAUGUUACCGGCAUAUCAGCAAGAUCUUUUCGGAGCUUGCAGAUGUCAUGCCGUUCGAGAUUCUCCGAAGAGACAGGGAUAAGGCGAACUACCUACUCACGAACGAGGCUCGUAUUAUCGCCAUGACCUCCACACAUGCGGCUAUGAAGCGGGAGGAAAUCGCGUCACUCGGGUUCCGCUACGACAACGUCGUCAUGGAAGAAGCUGCUCAGAUUACCGAGAUCGAGAAUUUCUUACCCCUGGCCAUGCAAAAGCCGGUGAACGGGGAGAUGCCUCUGCAACGUGUUGUCCUCUGCGGUGACCAUUUCCAGAAUUCCCCCAUCAUCCAAAGUCACGCCUUCCGGCAUUAUGCCAACCUAGAACAGUCGCUGUACUCGCGGCUGGUACGCCUGGGCGUUCCGACCAUCAACCUGGAUCAGCAGGGUCGUGCUCGGCCGUCCAUUGCUAGUUUGUACCAGUGGCGAUACCCGAACCUGGGCAAUUUGCCGCACGUGCGGACGCACGAAGAAUUCUCCAAGGCCAAUGCCGGAUUCAAGUACGAUUACCAGUUCAUCAACGUUCCGGACUACAAAGGACGGGGUGAGGCCGAGCCUAGCCCACACUUUAUUCAGAAUCUUGGGGAAGCCGAAUACGCCGUCGCAAUUUACCAAUACAUGCGGCUCCUGGGCUACCCGGCCUCUAAGAUCAGCAUUCUUGCGACCUACUCCGGGCAACGUGCCUUGAUCAAGGAUGUUUUAGCCCAUAGAUGCAGUAACAGUGCUGUUUUCGGGCAACCAAGGGUCGUCACUACCGUGGACAAAUACCAGGGCGAGCAGAAUGACUACAUCAUUCUAUCACUCACUCGUACCUCGCGAGUUGGUUUUCUGCGGGAUAUCCGUCGCAUGACCGUAGCUCUAUCGCGUGCGAGGCUGGGCUUGUACAUUCUCGGACGCCGCGAGGUCUUCGAGGCGUGCUUUGAGCUGCGUCAGGCAUUCGAGCAGCUUCUUGCGCGGCCGGACAAGCUCAUGUUGGUCACCGGCGAACUAUGGCCAUCGCGACGCGACCUGGCGAGCGAGCAGGGUGAGGUGCCGGGAGAGGCAUGCAUGGAAGGCGUGGAGCAUCUAGGCCAGUACGUCUUUGAAAUGACGAGGACGAAGAUCCAGCAGCUUCAGUCCGAGGGCGGCGGUCAGGGCGGAGAGUUGGAGGCGAUCCAAGAAGCCCCUGCUGGGGAGGAUGGGGAGGGCCUAGUGGAGCCGGCGGAGGACGAAGAGGUGGAGGAGGUGGACGGACCUGGGGGAGAGUGAUAAUUUGCGUAGUGCGUGAGGAAUAGUUGCACGUCGAAACACGGCGGAUAAUGGGGUAAGCCGGUUCGAAGGGAGCUUUGUACGACCAUCAUACUUCGUAGAACAGCGCUGGUAAUGGACAUGGCCAGGGAAUUAGUCACCCACCAAUAGGUCAGCCCAAUAGGUCAGCCCAAUAGGUCAGCCCAAUAGGUC